AUGAACAAUAAUCAAGUCGCAGGAAUUGAACUUACUAGUGGACCAACCCGUCUAACGAGUCGCAUUUUUGUGCAAAACUUGCCGGACUGCACUCGCGAAGAACUCGCGGACCAUUGUAAGGAAUUUGGCCAAAUUCUGGGGUCUCUGGUCGAGGAGAACCGUGGCUACAUCCAGUAUGCAAAGCAAAGCAGUGCCCGGAAUGCCAUAAGUGUGCUCCACGGAUCCACUUUCCAAUCGAGGGUCCUGACCGUCACAAGCGCCAGCUUUCGCACCAUGGAAGAAUACGGCUUUAUCCCUCCUCAAGGCUAA